GGUAUAUGGUAGGGAAACGCCAUGAAGAUGAUCGCUGGUGAUGUCAUUUGCUUUAGACCGUCUACUAGCUAUGUAUGAUACUUCGGGGAGGAGAAGAGGGGGGACUGAGAUGGUGGAAUAGAGAGUGAGGUGAAUGAUGGAGAGAUGAAAUGAAGAACGUCAUACUUAACACGUGCUAGGACGGGUGGAAGAUGGACUUUGGUAGGUAGGUAGGUAGGUAUGGCCGUACAGAGAUCAAUAGGAUGAAACUGAAAAAGAGAGAAUAGGUGCUCACAUAACUAUGACAGCAUACACAGUUAUCAUCUAUCUAUCUGCCUACCUAUCGAGGUCCAGGGGAUUGCUAUAAGUAUUUAAAACCCCCGUUGCUCGGAUUCCUCUUUACGGCGUUAGGAUCACUUAUUUCUCCCCAUCGCAUUCUUCGUUCCGUUUAUCUACACUUAUACAAACAAAUACCUGGAAACGCAUUCUGAUCACAUAUAUCACAUCGCAAUGGACACUCUCAAGAAAGUCGUCGGAAAGGGUGACAAGGCGAAUGAAUCUGGUCCCGGCGCAGCGAAGGAGGGGCAGGAUUACGGCGACAAAGGCGCCGAGUAUAUCAACAAGAAGUAUAUGGGCGACAAGUUGUCAGCCGACCAGCGCGAGCAGAUGACGGAUACAGCGCGCCAGGGGUUCGAGAAUGCGACGGGCAAGAAAGUUCCCGGCAAGCUAUCUGAAUAAGUGGUUGAGGGGUAUGAUAUGUGUUGGUGUCAGACUGACUGACUUAUGGGUUUUCUCGCUGUGAUAUCGGCCAUAGAGAACGUCCUUCACCUGUAACAAUACUGCCAUCGGCACAAUUAAUAAGUAAAAUACAGCACACAUUGUAAAAUACAUAAUCAUCUGCAGCAUCAAGCACGUGUCUCUAUCUAGCCUGUUGGUAUCUCAAUGUCCCCA